AUUUUCCGGUUGCCGAAUCUGAUUCAGAGGAAGAUAUCUUUGAAAUUACAGAGAGAAACGAUGCCGUUUUGCGAGGUCGUGAAAGAAGACGUCGGCCCAGAGACGACUCUUAACAAUGCCGCAAUCAAAAUCUUCUACAGAACCUACGGUCAUGGUCCUAUCAAAGCUCUUCUCAUCAUAGGUUUAGCCGGAACCCAUGAGUCCUGGGGUCCCCAAAUCAUGGGAUUGACGGGGACGGAUAAACCCAACGACGACGACGGAGGAAUCGUUUCCGAUGAUUCAGGAACAGGCCAAGGCAUCGAGGUCUGUGCUUUUGACAAUCGUGGUAUGGGUCGGAGCUCCGUACCUACCCACAAAUCCGAGUACACAACAACGAUAAUGGCAAAUGAUUCAAUUAAUUUGUUAGAUCAUUUGGGUUGGAAGAGAGCUCACAUAAUUGGCCAUUCUAUGGGAGCUAUGAUAGCUUGCAAGUUAGCUGCAAUGGUGCCCGAACGGGUUCUUUCGUUGGCGUUGCUUAACGUUACAGGUGGAGGUUUCGAAUGUUUCCCGAAGCUUGACCGGCAAUCGCUUUCCAUUGCGAUACGUUUUCUGAAGGCAAAGACCCCUGAACAAAGGGCAGCUGUUGAUUUGGACACACAUUAUUCAAAGGAUUACCUAGAAGAAUCUGUAGGAACUAACACAAGACGGGCAAUUUUAUAUCAGCAAUAUGUAAAAGGAAUAUCAGAAACUGGAAUGCAGUCCAAGUACGGGUUUGAUGGCCAAAUUAACGCGUGUUGGUUACACAAAAUCACAAAACCAGAGAUCGAAGUAAUCCGCUCGGCUGGGUUUCUUGUCUCAGUCAUUCAUGGAAGACAUGAUGUGAUUGCUCAGAUAUGUUACGCAAGAAGACUGGCACAGAGGCUAUAUCCCGUCGCUAGAAUGGUGGAUCUUCAUGGAGGUCAUCUUGUAAGCCACGAGAGAACAGAAGAGGUUAAUAAAGCUCUUCUCGAGUUAAUCAAGGCAUCGGAAAUGAAGAAAAUACCAACUGAUUGGACUAACCUCACCAUGGAAACACCCGGUUAUUUCAAGAGGAGACUAACAUUGAUUAGAAGCUCAUCGGAAGGCAAAAAUGCCGUUUCCCCUGCACAUUUCGUAGCGGAAAAGUUCCAUCGCUUUCUACUUUUCCUCUUCGGACUUCUGGUUUUGGCAUUUGAGUAUUCAAGAAGAGCUUUCAGGGCAGUGAAACCCGUCAAAGUUGGACCUUGUCUCACAUAACAACAAACCUUCACAUUUCAA